AUGCUCUGCCUUCGUGGCGGCGCCAGUGCUGCGGCCGUUGUCCUGGCGAGCGACUACUUGAUCCGCGUGGUUACGCAGUUCCAAGACGGCAUCUUUGAAUGCCUGAGGCUGGCCUUCUACCGCAACAAGCACUCUCCCGCGUCCUCGAACUUCAUUGAGCCCAGCCUAGGUAUCGUUCGGCAUGCGAGGCACAUUGCGCUGGACCUCGUCCAAACUGGGGAUAUUCCACUGCUAAUAGCGCUCUUGCAAUGCCACGUGGAUGAUGUCACACGAACAUUUGCUGAUCACUGGAAACUCAUCGACUUUGCCGCGCUGAAUGGACAUUUGGAAGUAGUCGAGUUCCUUCAUUCGACGGGCUCGGUGCUCUCGCCGGGCCAUCUCGCUGUCGUCGAAUUCUUGCACACCCACCGAUGCGAAGGAUGCCGUGCCUUGGCCAUGGACCGCGCGGCUGCAAAUGGCCAUUUGAACGUGGGGUGCACGGCUUGGGCUGUCGCGGCGCAUGGCCAUUUGCGAGUCAUUCAAUAUUUGCUGCAAAAUCGCGACGAAGGAGGCAUGGCUGGAACCAUCGACAAGGCUGCGUCCAAGGGCCAUUUGGACGUUGUCAAGUAUUUACACGCGCAUGCUAUCGAAAGUUGUACACACCGUGCGAUGGACGGCGCUGCCGAAGGCGGGCAUUUGCAGGUGGUGGAGUUUUUGCACUGGCAUCGGCGAGAAGGGUGCUCGUAUCAUGCGAUGAAUCUCGCGGCCAAGAAUGGAUUUUUUAAUAUCGUUCGGUUCUUGCACGACCACCGCCACGAAGGUAUAUUGCAAUAGAUUGUCCGUUCGUUUCCUCAUCGUGCGGUCGUCAGGGUGCACGACCGCUGCCGUCGACAACGCCGCCCGAAAUGGCCACUUCGAAAUUGUCAAGUUUUUGCUCACAUUUCGUACUGAGGGCCACAGCCCAGAUGCCGUGCGCGCGGCCGCGCUCGCGGGUCAUGUCGAGUCGUCAACUACCUCCACGCCAAAAUGAUCGUCGGAUACGAAGAGCGAGAUUCAGGGCUGGCGUCGCUAGCCGUCCCUCGGAUACGCGGUCGAUUGCUGUAAAGUUUUGACUUGGCAUGUGAUAUCCCAUGCACCAAGACAUAUCGACGUAAUCUUCACAUGGCAUCGUCGAGCUCACGGCGAUAGUGCCCGCCGUCCUGGUUGGCUCGACAUGCUCGAGGUCUCAAUGACUAAUCUGCCCCGCCGUUGCUGAGAUGCAAGGGCCGUCGCGUAAUCAAGAUGGCUUGGUGAGCACUGCGCCCGCAUGCCGAAUCUACUUCCCGAUCUCUUAACCUCUUGCACAAUGAUACAAAGAGGUGAACACAAACCGGGGAGCCUCAUGCACAUGCUCAUGCUCUGUCGCGCAGCACAUCCACUUUCGUAACUCGAUCGCGAGCGGUCGAAGCCCUGCAACGCUCUGGAAGGUCGCCGAACUACCCAAAAAUUUCGGC